AUGGAGCGUCCAAAUCAGGAGAAACCUAACCUUGAGAGAGAUAUACAUCGGAUUAUGGAACUCAUUGAGCAUGUGAAGAAGACCGGUGAAGUAACUUCGCCUAAGCUGGUAACUCUUCAAAAUAUUCUACAAUCGGAGUUUUUCAACACUGUCCGUGAAGUUUACGAAACUGUUUACGAAACUGUAGACAUUGAAGGAUCUCCUGAGGUUCGCGCGUCGGCCACAGCAAAAGCAACAGUUGCGGCUUUUGCAGCCGCCGAAGGGCACGCUCAUCCUCGAGUUGUAGAACUACCUAAAACAGAUCAAGGGUUAGGAUUUAAUGUAAUGGGAGGGAAAGAGCAAAACUCACCAAUAUAUAUAUCCAGAAUUAUCCCGGGAGGAGUUGCUGAUAGACAUGGUGGUCUGAAACGAGGGGACCAGUUGAUUGCUGUAAAUGGAGUUAAUGUUGAAACGGAAUGUCAUGAAAAAGCAGUUGAUUUACUGAAAUCUGCUCAAGGAACAGUGAAGUUAGUUGUUCGUUAUACUCCAAGGUUAUUGGAUGAAAUGGAAAGACGGUUCGAAAGACAACGACGACGUGUUAAUCAACCGAGUCCGUCCGCGCCUGUCCGAAGGUGA